AUGUCCAUGAUCCUUACCUUUUUCGUGGAGGGCGACCUCGCCUGGAAGAGCGUGGGCCUCCACUACGUUGAGGCGCAGGAGGAUGCACAGCCCCAGCAGCCGCAGGCCCCUGGAGCAGUGCUGGAUACGCAGGACCGGAAGGACUGCGCGGCUGUGAUCCUCUUCGACCAUGUUUCACCACAGUACUCCGGGCGCCGGACCCCCGCGAGCGACAUAGCCGUGGGGUCGACCUCUGGUUGCCAGAAAGUGAUCAUCUUCCUCACAAAUCUCGGCUCAGGAGCCGACACCUCGGUGGCGAAGCGACGGUCCUGCGAAAACCGUGGGAUUUUGUGCAAUGUCCCGGACGGGUCGGAUCUGAGCCUCAUCAUGGCCAGCUACUACAAGUACUUCGCGACGGGGCAGGAGACCUGCCAGCCUUCUUUCACGAGAUACAAGGACGCGGUCACAAGCACAAGGCAUGGACCUCAACAUGAUAUCGCGGGCUCCGAGUGGUGCUGCACGAGCCAAUGUACUUGGUGUUGCAAGGUGUGGCAUCGCAGAAUACGUGAGGUGCGGAGGUUCUGCACGGGAUGGCUUCGCGGUCAUGAUUCAGACCUCGGACCUACUUGGUGGGCUUUCUGGCUCAGUGCGAGAUCAUGA